AUGAAAUCGUCUAAAGGGAAAGACAAGAAGAUUGAGAAAGAAAAAAAAGAGAAGAAGAGUAAAGACAAGAAAAAGAAGUCGAUCAUCCCAUUAACCGAACGCGAUAUGACUCCCGGCAUUUCCGUCUUAAAAACGCCUCUUGCCGAGAAAGAUGUUCUCUACAAUAUUAAAAUAGUGUUUGUUGGUGAUCCGUGUACGUUGGAUGCGCGAAAGAGAUUGAUGUGGGGGUAUUACGCAAACCAUCAAGGUGAACUUCCGCGCGAGAUUGGGACGAGUUCGAAAGAUGUCCGGAUCGAUGGGUAUGAUGGUCGCAUCACCAUGACGUUGUAUGACAAUAACAUCAAUCGAGCGACGAGUUACUUUCCCUUCAGUGGGGUUCAUGGAGUCUUUCUUGUGUAUAAGUUUGACGAUGAGAUGUCAUUCCGACAUGUCUACAACUGGUUAUCAGAGGCGCGGCGCUUCUGUAACAAAGAAAAUGUUUUUGCGUAUGUUAUUGGGAUCUUCCCCGACGAAGAACAUCUUGGGAAGAUCACUUCUGAACAAAAGGCGAUCUUACACUUGAUGAAGAUGCAAACGUUCAAUUAUUGUGUUGGAAAGGAAAAGGAGUUUGACACCUUUAUCGAUGACAUGGUGUGUUCCAUUCGACAGAUCAACUUCCGCGAUGACGUCUUGGAGUUGAUGUGGCAGAAGAAGUUGUUUGAGUCGGGCCAAUACAAAAAGCCGAAGAAAGGGUAUAUCCCGAUUCAAAGCGAACUUGAAAGCUCGCAAAGAAAACAAAUGGAGAAAGACCCAUAUCGCCGGUUAAUAGCACAAGAGAUCGAUCGAGGGUUCACGUACACAUUAAGACUUGUAUUUUGUGGGGAUGAAGUGACUCAAGGUGCGUCGAGAAGAAUAGCAAUUGGUGUGAUCAACGGGUUUGACAACAUCAAUAAAAGUGUUCCAAAUUUGGACAAUCUGGCGACUGCAUAUCGCGAAAUAGAUAACAAGUUUUUGAAGGUCCGAGCUGUUGGGUAUGAUUUGAGCUAUAAAAGAAGUUUACAAUAUUCGCCGUUUGUGAAUGCGCUGGGCAGUGUCAUCUUCUUUGAUUACACUAAUGCGGAUUCCUUUAAUCAUUUGAUGGUAUGGGUGAAAGAGAGUUACAAAGGCAAUUUGGAUAUGAUGUUCAUCUUCAUCUGUGGCCUUAAUUCGAAUGCAGAGAAGAAAGAAGUCUCUCCGAUGUCCGUUAAUAAUUACUUGGGGACUUUUGCAGAAGGGAAAAGGCCCGUCUUUUGUAACUUCGAAGAAGAGAAAAAGGAGAACUUCAUCACGACGUUUAAAAACUAUGUGAAUAUGAUCAGAAAAAAGGUGUUUAAAAAGCAAUAUCUGGCAAUGGUGGAAAAGGAAUUGAUUGCGAAAGAAAGGCUGGGGAGUGUUGACCAAUCGGAAAUGUCAGAGACGUCAAAACUCACUCCAGCUAACUUCAAGGAGGACGAAGAUACAGGGUGCUCGGUCCAAUAA